GCUGCCAUGGAUCUGGUCCUGGAUGCCGCCGACUGGCACGUCCUCACACCCUAUGUGUACCCUGCCGGCUGGCCCGAAGGCGAGCCCUGCCGCCAGCUCCUCAGCCUCUUCGUCAUCACCAACCUGGGGGCGCUCACCCUCUACCUGCUCUUUGGCACCCUCAGCUACUACUUCAUCUUUGACCACGAACUCAAGAAACAUCCCCAGUUCCUAGAGAAUCAGGUGCGUCGGGAGAUUGCCUAUGCGCUGCGCUCCCUCCCCUGGAUCAGCGUGCCCACCGUCGCCCUGUUCUUCGCCGAGGUGCGGGGCUACAGCAAGCUCUAUGACAACAUCGAGGACUCCCCAUAUGGCUGGUCAGGCGUCUUCCUCAGCAUGCUGUCCUUCCUCUUCUUCACUGACAUGGGCAUCUACUGGAUACACCGCGGUCUCCACCACAAACUGCUCUAUAAGCGCUUCCACAAGCCCCACCACCUCUGGAAGAUUGCGACGCCCUUCGCCAGCCACGCCUUCCACCCUGUCGACGGCUUCAUGCAGAGCCUGCCCUACCACAUCUACCCCUUCCUCUUUCCUCUGCACAAAGUCACCUACUUGGGCCUUUACAUCUUUGUCAACGUCUGGACCAUCUCCAUUCAUGAUGGCGACUACCGCGUCCCCCGCCUCCUGCGGCACGUCAUCAAUGGAUCAGCCCACCACACCGACCACCACUUGUAUUUUGACUACAACUACGGGCAGUACUUCACCCUCUGGGACAAGAUCGGCGGCUCCUACAAGAGCCCCACAGCCUUCGAGGGCAAAGGCCCCCACGACUACUUGCGCAAGCUCCGAGAGAAGGGCCCAAGGGCACCCAAUGGCCCCCCGGCCACCAAGACCGAGUAGGGUUCCCUGCAGCCUGGCCCCUCUCCAGGAUGAGAUUCCCCAGCUGGAUCUUGUCCCGUUCCUCCCUGGUCUCUUGAGACUACUUUCCCACGGACAAAGAGCCCCUGUCCCCUGACAGCGCGACCGGUGCGGGGUGAUUCUCAGCACCCAAAGCCGCUUGCAUGGCCGGGGCAAUGCACUCGGAGGCUGACGGGCACUCGCACCCUGGGCAGGCCUCCCACCCUGGACAGAAACCCCGGGCUCCAUGUCCCCGCUUGCUAUGAGUGCUGACAUUCGGUCCCUGCCGCCUCUGACACCUGACACCCACCAACCUCGGAGGUCUGCUGGCACCACCCACAGAACGACUUCCCUCCUGCUUCUCAUGCUGCCACCGGACCGCCCUGUGGGCACUCUGCUCAGCAAGGCCUCCGGUUCUUGGACGCCGACCCCUUACCGCAGCCUCGUGUGAUACCCGCACACCUUGAUGCCAUGUGGGGCUGUUGCUAUCGAGUCCUGACCGCCACAUGCCCCUGCUACUCCCCACACCCAGGCCGCCUCCGACGUGGUAAAUGCCACCCAUCCAGCUACCAAUAUCGGACAUCUCUGGGCUGCGAACCCCUGCCCGGCAGGGACUCACGCAAUGGCAGCGGAUGGCUUCAGUGAGUGCUCCGGCCUGCGCCUGCUCCCAAAACAGUGGCAGACGGCCUCGCUGCUGAGUUACAGCCUCGCUCUACACCACAAACCUGCCCUGCUCCCCCUAUUGAUCCCCCUCCCGGCUGCUUUUGGAUCUCUGCUAAGGUCCCUGCGCUGCUUUGGUACUGUGCUGCUGCUUUACAAAAACAACAAUAACAUGGCACAAAUAGAACAAUAACAUGGCAUGUGGCAGGGUCUCCAUCUGUCCGUGCUGUGUGCCGUCGUUGCCGAUUCACUGUUGCUGUCGCAGAGUCCGUCGGGACGAGUCGAGUCACGUCCAGUCAAGAGGCUGACGAUGCUACAUUUUUUUCUGAGCUGCAUUUCGCAAAAAAAGCCGCAAACGCCUACCUUUCGGAGACGGCACAGGUCCUUCCGACAGCUCCUUGGCAUGGCAAGGGCUCAGCCUCAAGAUGCGGCGGGACUCCUCAGCACUCGACGCACUCUCCUCUUUCCUCUCGCCUGGGGAUGUCCUGCGGGGUGCUGACAGGACGUGUCCCAGAAAUGGCAGGCCUGUAGGACAAAGAUGUGCUUUGAGUCCCAUGGGUCCCUCGAGCUCCCUGAGAACUUUGGGGGGGGG